CCAAAGCUAGAGAAUGGGAAAACUCACUCUAUAUGGAAUCGAUGGAAGUCCUCCAGUUCGCUCCGUACACCUGACCCUCCAUGCCCUGGGCCUGAAAUACGACUACAAGAUUGUUAACCUCAUGACCGGAGAGCACCUGAAACCAGAGUACCUCAAGGUUAAUCCACUGCACACGGUGCCCACUUUGGAGGACGAUGGUUUCUUCAUCCACGACAGCCAUGCCAUCAAUGCCUACCUAGUGGGCAAGUAUGGGAAGGACGAUUCCAUGUAUCCCAAGGACCUGCAGAAAAGAGCUAUUGUGGACCAGCGCCUGCACUACGAUUCUAGUGUAAUGGUGGCCACUGGAAAGGGCCUGUUCAUUCCCUUGAAGGAAGGCAAAACCGAAAUACCAAAGGCCAAGUUCGAUGCCCUGGAGGAGGUGUACAAGAACUUGAACCUGUUCCUGGAGCAAGGCGACUUCGUGGCUGGAAGUGACCUGACCAUCGCCGACUUUCACACGAUUGCUGUUUUGUCCACCACGAUUCCCUUCCGCGAUGUGAACGCCACCAAGUACCCCAAGUUGGCCGAUUGGGUGAAUCGUGUAAUUAAGCUGCCCUUCUACGAGGAGGCCAAUGGUUCCAGGAUAGUGCAGGUGGUGGGGUUUAUUAAAAAUAAGAAGUAUGACAUUGUAUAAAAAUAUAAAA